AUGGAAGAAAUAUUUUCUUCCAUCAAUGUUGAUCAGGGAAGAUUGUGCGUCUUAUCUUACGUGACAGUCCCAGUUAUGCAUCCUUCAUGGUCUCCAACUGUUUUGAGCAAAAAUGGUGCCUAUAUGACCGCCAUGGUGAGGUAUGCGGCUGGCAUUACUGGGUUCACAAUUGUAGCAUGCUCGCGGUUCUUGACGGAUGAAACAGGCGCCUACUCCAAGAACAGAGACCUCAACGAACCUGGAUUACAGUUCGGUGUCCUUGCACAGGUAACAUUCCCCGGAGACUUGUCGCCUUGCUUCAAGGAUGAGUUUAUUCGAUUGUAUCCGACGAAAGAUGUUAGCUUUACUUAUGUAUUUGUGCAGCUCGAGAGAUCACAAAGGAUUGCGCAACCGAUGUCUGACAUCGAAAAGGGCUGUACAUUAUCCCUGUCUCCGAUACAAAUCACGAUUAUGAAUGUAAUGCUAACUACUUUAGGUACAUAUACUUACAUUACCCCGCAUCUUAAGCCAUCCUCACAAUAA